AUGUGGAACGAUGAAGACAACAAUCCGUACGGAGCUCUGGACCGCAACGAGGACCCCCUUGGAGGGUCCUUUCACCCCGCCGCAAUGGCUCCUCCUGCGUAUCAAGAGCGUCCAGCAUCCCCGGCCUCGUCAAGGUCUUCUACCCGAGACCCGCCGGACUUUGUGACACGGACAGACACACCCGAUCUAGACGACGAUGAGGACCAGAACGAGUACGGUGGCCAACAGCAGCCAUACCAGCGCAAGAAGGGGAUAUACGAUAGCAGGAUAGAGCAGAUUCUAUAUGAGAAUCCGGAAUUGCCUAUUCUCAUUACUGAUGCUGGGAAAAACAGCGAGACCGGCGGCAGUUUUAUAGUAUAUACCAUCAGAACCGGGGACCUCGAGGUGAGACGCCGAUAUUCCGAGUUCAGCUCCCUUCGCACGGCGCUGGUCAACCUUCAUCCUACUCUUAUCAUCCCCCCCAUCCCAGAGAAGCACACCAUGGCAGAUUAUGCAGCCAAACCUACCAAGGCCAAGGAAGAUACGGCGAUUAUUGAACUACGGAAACGGAUGCUGGCGGUGUUUCUGAACCGAUGCCGGAGAAUGAAUGAAAUCCGCGAAGAUGGCGUCUGGUGGAGGUUCCUGGACCCCAAUGCUAGCUGGGGUGAGGUACUGAACUCACACCCGGCUGCUUCAGUUCCUAAGAACAACCUCAAAGCUCCUCCGCUAGAUCCGGCUAAUCCGACACCAGCUCAUAACUGGCUUCCUGUCCCGUCGUCUUCAGCAAAACUGAAGCCCACAGCCUCAGAUAUUCCCGCCUCCUCGGCCGGGGCCCCAUCAUUCAUGAAUAGAUUCCCGCCGACCUCCAAGACACUCAGCGAACAUGAGCUAGAUCCAUACUUUGUAAACUUCGAAGCUUCCACCAGGGAGCUAGAACUGCUGCUGCAGGGAAGCGUUGAGAAAGUGAACAGACGGACGCUUACACAUCUGACUGCUCUCUCAUCAGACCUCAUGGAACUUGGUGCCAGAUACAACGGAUUUGCCCUUUCAGAGCAGUCGCCAACGGUUGCUGCAGCCAUCGAGAGAGUCGGCCAAGCCGCAGACAACUCGUACAUUGAGACGGAGGAGCUUUCUUCCACCCUGGGGGCUACUUUCUCAGAGCCGAUGCGGGAGAGUGCCCAGUUUGCAGGUGUUGUUAGAGGCGUCCUUCGGUACCGGAUCUUGAAGCGGAUUCAGCAGGAGAUGACACGAGACGAGCUGAACAAGAAGAGCGCGCUACUUGACUCCCUUGAGCGAAGUGAGAUAGAAGCACAGCGUAUCGAGGAAUACCUAAACAAGAGCAGCAGUGGUUCGUCUCCCAAGACACGACCGGGCCGGUCACUCUCGGAGGCCUCGUCGGGCAGCAACCCCGAGCCAGCACCAGAGUCUCCCCCAGCCAAUGCAGAGGACACUGCUUCUAUUGACUCCGACUUCCCGCCGACUCACGGUGAGCCAGUUCAUAGACCGUCAGCCUCACAGGGUCUCCCCCACCGGCCCGUAGACUCAACACCCAGCGGCCACCGCAAGUCCUCGAGUGGCAACUUUGUGACCAACAAGAUAUUCGGACGUAUCAGCCAUGCCAUCCAUGGCUUUGCAGACGUUGAUCCCGAGCGGACACGUCGAGAUCAAAUCGGCAAGACAAAGGAAAGUCUAACACAGCUCGAGCAAGCUCUAAAGGUAUCCGAGCAAGACGUCAAGGACGCCAGCAGUGGUGUCCUGCGUGAUCUCAAACGCUUUCAAAAGGAGAAGGAAGACGAUCUCCGCAGCUACAUGGUUGCCUAUGCACGGUGCCAUCUUGACUGGGCACGCAAGAGUCUCGAGACAUGGACAGAGGCUCGGGACGAAGUCGACAAGAUUGCUGUCCGGUAG